AUAAACCUUCAAGAUAUUUUCAGUGUUAAUAUUCUUUCUAGAAAAAAACUUCCCAAAUUAAAAUAUUUGUCAUUGAUUUCACCUGAAUACACAGAUCAACAUGUCACUCUAAUUUUUCCAUUUAUUCGUCGAAUGAUAAAUCUUGAAGAAUUAAAAUAAUAUUUAUUAAUAAAAGUAUAUCGUUUAAAUUAUAUUGAUGGUAUUCAAUUAUAUAAUGAACUUCUUUGUCAUAUGAAUAAAUUAAAUAACUUUACAUUUAAUAUUCAAACACUUGUUUAUAGACGUAAUAAUAAUAUUAAUCUUUCAUCAAAUGAAGAUAUUCAACGUAGUUUUAUUGGAAAAGAAAUAUAUAAACAAAUUAAUUCAUACAUCAAUAUUAAUUCAAGUAUCGAAUCAAAAUGUCAUAUUUAUUCACUUCCAUAUCAAUUCGAAUACUUACUUGAAAUCAAUAAUUCUUUUCCAGGAGGCAUAUUUCAUACAGUUCGAUAUUUGGUAGUUAUUGAUAUAAUUCCUUUUGAACAUAAUUUUUUUCAAAUUAUCUCUCAUGAUAUACCUUUUAUUGAAAUAUUACGUAUACGUAAUGAUCAACCGCAAAAAUAUAAAAAGUAUUCAUCUACUGAAUUAAUUACGUGUCAUCAUCUUAAACUUCUUGAUCUAGUAUUGGCACAUGACGAUUAUGCUGAACAAUUUCUCUCGAAGAAAAUAACUUAUCUACCUCAUUUAUUUAAUCCUUACAUCAAAUGUGAAUCAUUGAUAAUGAUAACAAACAUUUUUACCAUUGAUACAACAUAUUUUAACUUUAGUAGAGUCAAAGAUCUUUAUCUAGAUAAAUCAUUUUUUUCAGAAAAAUCUCAUCCAUAUUUUCCUAUGUUAUAA